GAUUGACAUUUCCGGCCUCCCGCAAGCUCUUUGCAACAACAACUGUGUGGAGGCGAUGCUCGAGCAAGCCGGCUUUGCGAAUGUGGUCUCAAGCUUCCAGACCGACGAGGUCGGUGCCGUGCGAGUCUUCCUCGUGAGCUGGCCAGCAGCCACGCACU